AUGGCUAAAAAGAUUAGGGCUCCCGCCGCCACUUCGGCUAAGCCAAAUGCCCAAAUUGACUUGUUAGACUUGGACUGUGUUUCCGAACCGCAAUACGUUGCAGGCUCUACCAGAGAGUACUUGGUAACAUCUGUGCCCCAGGAAAUCACCACUAAAAGAACCGUGUCUUCCAAGGAGAUCGUGUUCGUGGCCAUCCUCGUGGCUGCUUCCGUGGCCGUCCGUUUGGCCCACUUGGAACACCCUAAUUCCGUUGUUUUCGACGAGGUUCACUUUGGUGGCUUUGCCAAAAAGUAUGUCUUGGGUAACUUCUUCAUGGACGUGCAUCCUCCAUUGGCUAAGAUGUUGUUUGCUGCCGUCAGCUUGCUUGGAGGUUUCAAGGGUGACUUCGACUUUGCCCACAUUGGCGAUAUCUACCCAGACUCCGUUCCUUACUACUGGAUGAGAGCUUUCCCUGCCGUAUUGGGUGUGGCCACCGUGGUGCUCUGCUACUUGACAUUGCGUGCCUCUGGUGUUCGUCCUGCCGUGGCGUUGAUCACCUCCGCUUGUCUUUUGUUUGAAAACUCCUAUGUGACCAUCUCCAGAUACAUUUUGUUGGAUGCUCCUCUCUUAUUCUUCAUUGCAGCAGCAGUAUACUCUUUCAAGAAAUUCGAGGUCCAACAGCCAUUUUCCAUCAAUUGGUACCGCCUGUUGCUCUCGUGCUCUAUCGCAUUGGGUUUGGCCUUCUCCUCCAAAUGGGUCGGCUUAUUCACCAUUGCUUGGGCUGGUGUCUUGUGUGCUAUUCACAUGUGGUUCCUCAUUGGUGACUUGUCUGUCAAGCCUGCCACCGUGUGGAAACACGCAAUUACUCGUGCAUCUUUCUUGUUGGGUGUGCCUACUGCGUUGUACUUGUUGAUGUUUUCAAUUCACUUCAACAUCUUGACUAAUGACGGUGACGGAUCUGCCUUCAUGACAUCGGCCUUCCGUUCGGGAUUGAGGGGCUCCUUGGUGCCUAGAUCCACCACCGCCCAGGUUGGUUACGGCUCUGUGGUUACUAUCCGCCAUGUUAACACCAGAGGUGGAUACUUGCACUCGCAUAACCAUUUCUACCCAGCAGGUUCUAAGCAACAGCAGAUCACCUUGUACCCUCACUUGGAUGCCCACAACGACUGGCUUAUUGAGCCAUACAACUUCACUAUCCCUGAGGACUUUACCCAGCUCAAGGACGGUGUCAAGAUCAGAUUGAAGCACGUUGUAACCCACAGAAGAUUGCAUUCUCACGACGAGAAGCCUCCUGUGUCUGAGAGAGACUGGCAAAAGGAAACUUCCUGUUACGGAUAUGAGGGCUUUGGUGGUGAUGCAAAUGAUGACUGGAUUGUUGAGGUUGUCAAACACGAGACUCCUAAGGAGUAUCAGGAGAACAUCACCGCUAUCCACACUAUUUUCAGAUUGAGACACGCCAUGUCUGGUAACUACUUGUUUUCUAGCGAGGUUAAAUUGCCUCUGUGGGGAUUCGAGCAGCAGGAAGUAUCGGCUGCCUCUUCUGGUUACAGACCUUUGACCUACUGGUACAUUGAGACUAACACUAACGAAAGAUUACCCGAGAGCGAGAAAGAGACCGCAGGAUACCCUAAGAUGAGCUUCCUUGCUAAGUUCCUUGAGUCUCACAAGACCAUGUGGAAGAUUAACCAGGGUUUGACUGGCCACCACAACUGGCAGUCUGACCCUCAAGAUUGGCCUUUGUUGAUUCGUGGUAUCAACUACUGGGGUAAGGACCACACCCAGGUGUACUUGCUUGGUAACCCUAUCGUUUGGUGGACUGCUUCUUCUUGUUUGGUUGCUUUCAUCAUCCACGUUGCUAUCUCCGUCUUGAAGUGGCAGACCGGCAAGGCAGUGGCUACCAACAAGAAUGUAUUCAACUUCAACACCCAAAUGCUUAGUUACUUCGCUGGUUGGGCAAUUCACUACGUUCCCUUUUUCAUUAUGGGCCGUCAAUUGUUCUUGCAUCACUACUUGCCAUCGCAAUACUUUGCCAUUUUGGGACUUGGUCAUGUUUUUGAGUUGGUGGUUGCAUCUUCCACUAAGUACAGCAGACCAGCGUACGGUGCCUUGGUUCUCUUCUUCGUUGGUACCCUUAUUUUCUACAAUAUGCUUGCUCCUUUGAUUUCUGCCCAGGAAUGGACUCAGGAUGAGUGUGAAGCCAGCAAGAAGGUUUCUAGCUGGGACUACGACUGUAAGACUUUCUUCAAGAACAAGUUGGAAUAUCGCCACUACACUCCAACCACUUCUGUGGCCACUUCCACUUCUGCCUCUAAGUCUGUUGUUGAGACCCCAAGAGCACCUGAACAGCAAGCCAAAAUCGUCGAGUCUCCUCAGAAGGUUUUCGAAGAGCCACCUAAGCCUGAGACUCACGUCGGUCAAUUGCCUGAACACUUGAGGGGCGAAGACGAAGCUCCUCAUGCUGAGCAGGAGGAUGUUGCUACCCCUCAAAAGGAUGAGGAAGUUCCUGCUCCAGUGGACACUAUUGAAGACGCCGAGCAGGUUGGCAAGAAUGAGGCUGCACCAGCAGAAGAGCCAGUUGUUGAGGCUGAGACUGUUGAGGUUGAUCCUGCUGUUGAAUCCGUAAAGGAGGUUGCUGAGCCAGUUGUCGAAUCUGCCAAGGAGGUUGUUGAGCCAGUUGUCGAAGCUGCUAGUGGAGCUGCCGAGACUGUUGCUGAGGCUGCACAAGAGGCUGCUGAACCAAUUGUUGAAGCUGCCGAAGAAGCUGCUGAACCAAUCGUCGAAGCUGCCCGAGAAGCUGCGCAGCCAAUCGUUGAAGCUGCCCAAGAAGUUGCUGAGCCAGUUGUUGAGUCUGUCACGGCAGUAGCAGCAUAA